AAUCAAAUAGUAGCUACGACUUCCCCCUUUUUUUUUUUUUUUUUUUUUCGAAUGAAAAAAAUACUAUAUAUAUAGAUGAGAGGCUGAAUAGAAAGAUAUCGAAUGAAUCAAGAAAAGAUUAAUGGUGAAAUUCAAGAGGGUUUGCGUCUUCUGUGGAAGUAACUUGGGAUAUAGGAAGAUAUUCAGUGAUGCAGCUCUUGAUCUUGGACAACAACUGGUGAAGAGAAAAAUGGAGUUGGUGUACGGCGGAGGAAGCGUUGGGCUAAUGGGUUUGGUGUCGCAGACGGUCUACGAUGGCGGCCGCAACGUUCUGGGAGUUAUCCCAACUGCUCUUGUCCCUGUCGAGAUAUCGGGUCACGCCAUCGGAGACGUGAUGGUGGUGGCUGAUAUGCAUGAAAGGAAGGCAGAAAUGGCUCGUCGAGCUGAUGCAUUUAUCGCGCUUCCUGGGGGCUAUGGAACCAUGGAAGAGUUGCUGGAGAUGAUAACGUGGUCACAGCUUGGGAUUCAUAACAAACCAGUCGGGCUCCUGAACGUAGAUGGAUACUACGACUGCUUGCUCGGGAUAUUCGACAAAGGUGUGGAAGAAGGGUUCAUCAAACAUUCAGCUAGAAAUAUAGUGAUAGCUGCUAAGACUGCUGCAGAACUUAUAGAGAAGAUGGAGUUUAAUGAUUCGGCAUCAGAAUUUUCAACUGAUGCAGGGUCAUGCACCGUUGCACGCUCAAGUAGCACCAAGUAGGAGUGGGAACGAUGAAGACCCUGGGACGGCAAACUUAUAGCCGUUGAUUCGUGUAUCAUUUCAAAGUUUUUGGUUUCACUAAAGCUUUUCUACUUAUGGUACAGCAUUUCGUGUGAAGGGGAGAUGCAAGAAACAGAAAAAUGUGAAUUUUAUUUUUGGUGAAAUCAUAAUUUGCCCUAGAAAGUAGAAACGAAUAAAAAGCAUUUCCACCAA